UUCCCAUAGUUCCUAGCGAAUGGUGGGCCUGAUCGCAAACUCCGGAGGGUCGCACGCGGGUUCGGGUUGUCUUUGCCGGGGUUGUUCUGUGGUGCCAGGAGGCUCUCCGAAAUUGGGGCCCGGUGUCUGCCUCGUCCUCUAGUGCGAUGGCGUUUCUCCGAAGCAUGUGGGGCGUGCUCAGUGCCCUGGGAAGGUCCGGAGCGGAGCUGUGCACCGGUUGUGGAAGUCGACUGCGCUCCCCCUUCAGUUUUGUUUAUUUACCGAAAUGGUUUUCAUCUGCCGUGGCACGUUACCCAAAGAAACCUGUAAGUUCUUACAUUCGAUUUUCUCAAGAACAACUACCCAUACUUAGAGCUCAGAACCCAGAUUUAAAAACUACAGAACUAAUUAGAAGAAUCGCCGAGCGUUGGAGGGAACUUCCUGAGUCAGAGAAAAAAAUAUAUGAAGAUGCUUAUAGGGCAGCCUGGGUGGCAUACAAAGAAGAGGUGAACAGAAUUGAAGAACAGCUAACUCCAUGUCAGAUUACGUCUUUGAGACAAGAAAUGAUACACAAAAAUUUAAGAAGGAAAUUUAUGUUAAAAAAGAGAGAGUUAUCACUGCUUGGAAAACCAAAAAGACCUCGUACAGCUUAUAACAUUUAUGUAGCUGAACGCUUCCAAGAAACUAUGGAUGGCACACCACAGGAAAAGCUGAAGACUGUAGUUGAAAGCUGGAAAAAUCUGCCUAGUUCUGAAAAGAAAAUAUAUAUUCAGCUUGCUGAAGAUGAUAAAAUUCGUUAUGAUAAUGAAAUUAAGUCUUGGGAAGAACAGAUGAUUGAAGUUGGGAGAAGGGAUCUUUUACGAAGAGUGAAGCAACCAUCAAAAGAUGACACAGACGUAUUAGAAGUAGAAGAUUGAGACGUGUUCACAAUGGAUAGGCACAAGAAGCCAGUUAGGUCUCAAUACCUGAAGCUGUUAUAAAAUUAGAAAUUUCUUUUUCUUCAGCUCAUGGACCUCUGCCAGUGUAAUACUUGCUUUGGAAAACCCAGAUAAAGGUUUAUGCAAAAUUUAUUUUGUAUUUAGGAACUACUGAGGAUCAAAGUAAUCCAUGCAAAUGUGAAUUAUUUUACCUUUGAUAAAGGUAAAUCAGACUAUGAAGUUUUUUUAUACAGGAUGAUGGCUAUGUAAAGAGUAUUCUUGUUUCCUUAUAUUAUGGAGGCAGGAGUUUCCUUUUCAUAAUUGUUACAAAUUGUAGAAGCCACAGUGUUCUGUGAUAUAAUUGUGCAUUUUUCAAAAAGCAGCCUGAACUCAUCUAGGUAAAUUCCAGUUCCUAGGUAUAAUUCAUAUUAUAUUCAGAAUUGAUGGUUGUACAUGUAAGUGAUUGCUAGUUUCAGUUGCAACUUUUUAUAAAAGGGGCUGAGAAAUUUAUAAACCUUUUUGUCACUGUCUUUUUUCUAAAGUAAAAACAAAGAAAUUAUGUACCAGAUCUAUGCAUAUUAUGUUGCAUAGAAUCAAAAUUUUAAUCUUUAAUUUUACAUUUUCUAAUUAUAUAUUUUAAGAUUAAACAUUUGUUUUAACAGCUUUUUUUUUUUAAGUAAGGAAUUAUAUUUUUUUCUGAAUUAUUUUCUCUUAUGUGAGUAUAUUGAUCAGAAAGAAAACUUGUAUAUAUUUUAAAAUGAGAAAUCUAAAAAAUGAAAAGUCUCCAAAGUCUCUGGAAUUUGAAACACUUUGCAUAACGUAUAAAAACCUGUGUAAGAGACAGCCAACUAUGGCCUGUGGGCCAAAUCCAGCCUGCUGCCUGCUUUUUAUGGCUGGUGAGCUAGGAAUUAUGCUUAUAGUUUUAAAUUUUUUUGAAGACUUUUAUGAUACAUGAAAAUUAUUAACAUGAAUAUUCAUAAAGUUUAUUGGAACAAAACCA